AUAGCAAGGAGGAAAAUUAGGUUAACGAAAAUGGGCCUUCUCCGAAAUCCAAUCACCCAAAAUCUGGCCGUGUUAUCAUCAAUUCUAUUACUAUUGCUCCAUCUUUGCCACGUGGCUAACUGCAAACCGAACACCGCCGUGAAAAUAGUGCAGUGCAACAGCGGCGCGUACACAAGCGGCGACCCAUUCACCGUCAGCCUAGCCCACGUCCUUGCUGAAUUGGAGAGCGUUGCUCCCACUCGCCUAGGCUACGAUUUCCACAACAUAUCCCCCUACCCAAACGCCUUCGCCUACGGCCACGCCGCAUGCAACCAGACUCUGACGAUUUCCGACUGCUCCGCCUGCCUCGCCGCCGCCAAAACCGCCUUGAUCGCCGCCUGCGACGGCCGGAUCGGAGCCCGCUCCGUGCUGUAUGAUUGUACUGUUAGGUACGAGCAGUACCCUUUUGAUGACUAGUUGCUCUGUCACUGUGUUUCUACUUUGUACUGAUAAUGUAAUUGUUCGUGGGAAUUAAUCAAAGUCCAUAUUUCUG